AUGUACGAGGGCAGAGGGGCGGGGCGCGGCGCCCGCGACUCCCGUGGCGGCUUCCGCGGCGCGAUACCUGGCCCCGCGGCAGCCGAGCCGCCACCGCGCCCCCGGAGUCCGAUCGCGAGCCAGACAGAACUUCCCCGACCGUGUUGCGGCGCGGCCCCCGCGCCGCCCGGCCCGGUGCGGACUGUGCAGCUUGGCGGAGCCUCGGACAGGCCCCGGGCUGUGCCCUGCCGGGCACCGGGGCAGGGCGGGCUCGGGGAAGGAGCCUUGGCCUGGGAGUCUGGAGACGAAGCUUCCAAUCGUUGGCCUCUGAGCCCUUGUUUCCUAAAUUCUGACUCUGGGGUUAGUAAACCCAGGCCUGACCUCACAGGGAGGACUUGGAAGACCAAGGAGGGGACUUGGCGGGAGUGUGCUUUGUCAACGGGACGAAAGCUUCUAGAGACUGCCUACAUUCCUUGGCUCGUUCCUGUACCACUCAGACCUCUGCUUCCCUCGUCACAUACUCUGACCUUCCUGCCUUCCUUUUACAUUUAUAAAAACCCUUGUGAUUUGAUUGGACCUACCAGAUAUAGAGAAGGAACUAGUGGUUGGGGGGGCCAUAAAGGGGUGGGGGAGUGGGAGAACAUCUUGAUUGAGUUAGGCCACUGCCCCCGCGUGCAAGAAGAUGAAGACAAAUGCAAGGCUUUCCAGGAACUGCAAUAA